AUGAGACACAGUCUCACUGCCCUCGUCGCCUCGACGGCGCUGCUCAUCGCUGCAGCACAGGGCGACCCAACAUGGCCGUCGGAGAUCGACGAACUGGAGGAAAUCAUGUUCCACAUGAUGGAGUUCAAGACGCGCAACUUUGCUGACACUAUCCUGCCUUGUACGAAUGAGGCUUCCGGGCCUGGAAGGCAAAACGCCGCCGAGUGGCUGCGACUGGGCUUUCAUGACAUGUCAACUGCAGAUGUGGAUGCAGGAGUUGGGGGCCUCGAUGGAUCUAUUCAGUAUGAGCUGGACACCGGCGAAAGUCUGGGUCCUGGAUUCCAAACGACCCUCGAAUUCAUGUCCGGCUUUUACACCAGCCGUUCUAGCAUCUCUGAUCUGAUUGCUCUAGGCGUCUACGCCUCUGUGCGGUCAUGCGGUGGCCUACCUGUCCCGAUUCGAGCCGGAAGGAUCGACUCCUCGGGACCCGGACCCCUAGGCGUACCGCAGCCCGAGCAUUCCGUCGAGAUGUUCCGUGAACAGUUCCGCCGAAUGGGCUUCAGCAAUGCCGAGAUGAUUCAGGUCACCGCAUGUGGGCAUACCAUUGGCGGCGUUCACGACACUGAAUUUCCGGAGCUUGUCGUUGCUGGCGAGGCACCGUCUGACACGACUGUUGCUGGGUUUGAUGAGAAGGUCAUCACGGAGUAUCUCGAGGAUAACACGACCAACCCCCUGGUCGUUGGGCCGGCAGUCGGUUACGGCAAGGACUCUGAUGCUAAGAUAUUUGGAUCGGAUGGCAAUGUCACAGUAAAAGCAAUGGCGGAACCAAACGAGUUUCAACGGGUUUGCCAGCAGGUUCUACAGAAGAUGAUUGACGUUGUGCCGCCCGGCGUUGUGUUGACAGAUCCGAUCCAACCAUACAUGGUGAAGCCAGUCGACUUACAACUAGCAUUAAACAAAGGAGCGAGCAGGAUGCUAUUCACGGGCCUCAUCCGUGUGAAGACUACAGACCUCGAUUUCAACUCGAUCGACCAUGUGCAACUGGACUACAAAGACCGUAACGGAGGAAGCAAUUGCGGCGGUGGAUCUUGCUCCAUCAAGGCGACAGGUCGUGGUACAGGUUAUGGGCUCGAUGAUAGCUUUGGCUUCUUCCCGAUCGAGGCUACCAUUCCAACAGAGAGCGGCAUCUCGUCUUUCGUGAUCACUUUGGUACUUACCAACGGUACUUCUCUUUACUUCGACAACAACGGCCAGACUUAUCCCCUACAGGAUGCAAUCAUGCUCAUGCACCCUCAAAGUUGUUUAAUACAACAUAACGGCCAGACAACUGUGACUGCAGCUGUCCGCAAUGAUCGAGCGCAUCUCCCCGCCUACCUUUUCAUUUCUUAUAAGGUCCCACGCGAGGGCCUUCCGGUCGCUGGUCUACACAACAUGACUAUGUCUAUGAAGAAGGGCGAUUGUGUAGGUGCAUACACGCUGUACUCUGCAAGCUGGACGAUACCUGGAGGAAUCAGCCACUCGGCUCGAAUUGACGUCAUCAGUGGAGAUGCUGAAGUAGGAGAUAUGGUCAUCGCUGACAGCUUCAAACAUGCCGUGGAGUUGCCUGGAACAUGUCAAGACUUCAGCGGGCCUCCCGCUUCCAUGUGCACGACACUUGCUGUUUCAGCACCAGCUUCAACGGCUGCCCCAUCGGCAGCAGCUCCCACAACGAUGAUGACGAGAACUUCUGCUUUAGCUCGUCCCACAGACUCUCCAGAUUCCACGGGAAUCACUGUCGCGCCCACCGAAAGUGACCGGGAGAUGGACGAGUUUACUCUCACACAUGCUGUGACCAGCUUUGUUGGAUACUGGGUCAAUUAUGCGGUCAACUAUUUCUGGGGGUAA